UUUUCUCGCGAGUUUCCAAUAUGUCCGUAGUAUGUGAACGCUGGUAUUCGUGAAGAUAAAUUAUUGUUUUUACAAUUUCUUUCAAAAAUAUAUAAUUUUAAUUUAUAUAAUUAUUAAAAUGAUACGUUUCGUAUGGAUUUGGAAAAUUAUUUUUCGUUGCGUGAUGUUUAUUCUAUGUAUUCAAUCCGAGAUAUUUAAUAUUGUAAACUCUGUAAAGGUGAGUUUCUCCUGCUUAAACCGAACUGCUGGGUUUUAUGCGGAUACGGAUGCUGGUUGUAAAAUAUAUUAUACCUGUGAUGAAUAUGGGAAUAAAUUUACUUAUCAUUGCCCGGAAGAAACUGCUUUUCGACAAGAUGCUUUGAUAUGCGAUCAUGCUCAUCUUGUGCAUUGUGAAAAACCUAUUUCCUCUACUCUGAAAGAAUAUAAUGAGAAACCGGAGGAAACCAAGGAUGAUGAUUCUUCUUAUUCAAAGGAUAAGAGUCGAUCUCUUUUUCCUUCUUUCCCUAUGACGCGAUUGAUGAAAACGAAUAAUGAAGUAGGAUAUAAAUUUAUCCCUAAUUCUGAUCGAUUGUUCAAAAAUCUGGAUAAAACUAUUGAAAAUAAGGCGAUUGAUUCGUUUUAUCCGUCCAAUUAUAAUAAUGUCACUACUAAUUUUGAGACGAAUGCCGGAACGCGUUAUAUGAUUGAUGAAUAUGAUAAAAAUGGUUUAAAGAAAAAUGAAAGUUUUUCUAUUCGAAUCCAAAGUUUUUACGACAAGGAUAAACGUAACGAGAAAUCCACGCUUAACCAAAGAAAUUAUUCGCAACAAAAAAUGAACGACGCUGUGUAUAAUCUCCUGAAAGUGUCUUCGUAUACGUUAUCUCAUGCUCGAGAGAAUAAUGCAAAGGGUUAUCAACCUGACAAAAAUACUGAUAAUUUUUUGAAAUUAUCUUCUAUAAAUUAUAGAAAUUAUCCAUAUUUGGAAACAUUGAAAUCUAUUCAAAGAAAUACGAAAAUUCUUCCUACUACGACCGGUACUGCUACGAUGGCGAAUAUUCCCUUGGCUACUACGGAAUUACCUGUAUACGCUUUAACGUUAUCUUUAAAACCUUUGAUACCGAACGAGUUAGAAUAUGAUCCGUAUUAUCCAGGAUAUUCGACGACGACGGAAACUUAUUAUACUCCCGUGCAAAAUGUUAAAGAAUGGUCUCGGAUUGGAAAUUCUACUCGAACGAUGUGGUCCAAUAUUCAUUUUCGAUUACCAUCGGUUUUACCAGACUUAAAUUCUCUGGAUGAUAUUGUUGAUCGUAGAAAGCUGCUUUAUAUUCCUCGAAUCAAGUUCGAUUGAUAUAAAUAUUUUUUUUAUCGAAUAUAAAUAAAUGUAAAAAAUUUUGCAAGAUUAUUUAUUUGAAUUAAUUAUAAGAUAAAUUAUAAACUGUUAAACUAGCAAAAAUUAAUAAAAUUAAGUAAAUAAAUUAUAUAUAUUUAUUCGGAAUUGAUAUUAAAUAUUUUGUACGAAUUUUUUUAUAAAUUUAACGAAGGAGAUAAAUGAAGGAAAACGAAUAUUUAUUUCGUUUAUUUCUUUGAUCGCCAAAUAAGAAUUUCGUGUAAAAAAUUUCAAGUGAUGUAAGUUGUGUGAAUAAAAUAAUUAAUUAUUAAAGAUA